CAGUCCUACGCCGAUAAGGGAAAUAACUCUCACUAUCAGAACCUCGCGCAUGCGUACACGUUAAUAUUUCCUCCAUAUUAGCUUCGCUCAAUGUCAAUUCCUUGUCAUUGACCAGGAAAUAUUAUAAGGACAAAUAUCCUCAAAAAUGAGUAACCAACUUCUUCUACGAACAUUUUUGAGGAGCACGUCAUUGGCCGGACGUGGUGUGUCAACCACCGCCACAAAGAACCAAGAAGUCGUCUUAGACCAAGCAACUAGAGAUAGGGCCUAUCCACAAUUAGGUAAUCGAGAUAUUGUUGGGUAUGGCUUCAAUGGAGAUCCCACUUACGCCGAUCGAUUGGAAUAUCCUUGUCCUGCUGUUCGAUUCAAGGAAAAUUCCUCUGAAGUUAUGGCGCUGAGACAAAAAGAAAAGGGAGACUGGAAAAACUUAUCUUUAGCAGAAAAGAAGGCUUUAUACAGAGCGAGCUUUUGCCAGACAUUCGCGGAAGUGCAAGCCCCAACUGGAGAGUGGAAAUCGGUCCUGGCUGGUGUAUUGAUGUUAUUUGGAGUUGCUGGGUGGGUCGUUAUCUGGAUGAAGAAAUUUGUUUAUCCACCAUUACCCAUAAGCAUAAACAAAGAAUGGCAAGAAGCCCAAGUACGUAGGAGCGUUUUACAAGGUCAAGGCCGAAUUGAAGGUAUUGCGGCCGAGUUUGACUUUGAAAAGAAUCAAUGGAAAUAAACUGUUAUGACUGUAAUAAGUUCAAUUCCUAGACGUGGCUGUAUUUAUUAGUAAAUAUUCAUAAAACAUAAUUUGUGUAAUAAUAAAAAUUGGGAAAUUGACAUCCAUCGUAAAAUGAAAAGAGACCUGUGCCAAAUUUCGGUCUAAAAACUUUUAUUGUACAGCCAUUUGUUACUGAAAAAUAAAUAUGGAAAUCUG